AUGUCGUCCACAUUUUUACUUCAGAGACUUGCGCUUUUUCUUACAUUAUUAUUCAUAUUUGGCUUUGCAUUGCUCAUCUUUGGUGCUUCUUUACAAAAUCCACCGCCAACAAGCUCGAGUCCCCCUCCCGUUAAUGCAAUCAUACAAUUUGAAUAUCCCCUUCUACAUGGUUAUUUUUAUGUCAAUGAUAACAACCACCUUACACAAGUGUGGGGCUCUUAUUCUGGUGACACAAAGUUUUCAGAAAAACGACAAUACCUUUUCCAAGCUUAUUCGGGACAGAAUUGUUCCACUGGUAUCAUUAUCCCAUUUGACGCUUUCGACGUUACCGAUAGUUUUUUACCGAAAGGGAAAAUUUCGGAUGCUUUUCCAGGCAGCGUCUUUGCUACGAGAGUUAUUUCGUGGCUUUCGAGGAUUAAUUUGAAUAAAACAGCGAUUUAUGUUCAGGAAAGGCAAGCGUUUUCGGGAAUUUACCCUGGUGAAAUUUUUGGAUAUUAUCAUAAGUGGAGAUUUAUGGGAUGUGCUAAUGUUAGAAAAGUAAUGAAAUAG